GGCGGAGGAUGGGGAGCGUAAUAUGUGUUUAUGUAGCUAUUGGACAAAAAGCUUCUUCAGUAGCUCAAGUAGUUAAUACUUUUGGCCAGCGAGACCGCGCUCCAGGGUUACCACUCGAGUAGCCAAACCGGACCUUCUUUGUGGAAAGGCAUACAGCCAAGUGGCCGAGAGGUUCCAUCGGCGCGGAACAGGACGGUGACCAACUGUUCUCGAAACAGAGAGAGGCUGGUCACAUCUUUCAUUUUGCGAGAACGAGUCUCCGAUUUUUAGGACGGCGGUUUGUUUCUUUGCUUUGAGAUAAGUCGGGUUUUUGCCUGCUUUCAUCUGGGAGUAGGAUCUUAGAGUCGCUACCGUCCUGCUUCUAGUUCGUGUUCUCGAAACAGAGAGAGGCUGGUCACAUCUGUGUUCAUUUUGCGAGAACGAGUCUCCGAUUUUUAGGACGGCGGUUUGUUUCUUUGCUUUGAGAUAAGUCGGGUUUUUGCCUGCUUUCAUCUGGGAGUAGGAUCUUAGAGUCGCUACCGUCCUGCUUCUAGUUCGGCCGUGUCCGCGUUCGGCGUCGCAGCAGGCAAUUGUGGUCUCGGCAGUUCCCGCACGUGCAUUCCGCGGGGGAAGAGUACUCGGUCCUAAUUUUUUUAGAUUUGGUGGAUUAGUGUUGUUGGGGGAAGGGAGGCGGUGCGGUUCAGGCUUUGAGGACGUUGGCGACUCCCUACAAGUCCCAUUGGUUGCUAUCAUUCGUCGCGCGAAUUUGACGCGAUUUCUCCUUCAGAUCCGGGUGCUAGAUUUUGACCAAGAUCAACAGAUUGCAGUUGUAGUUGGGCGUGUUUGAUCGUAUGAAACUUGCAUCAAGUGGGAGAGGACUAUGUAACAUCACGCAUUUUAUGUUCGAGCCGAUCGCCAAUAGUUAAGGUGCUCCAGGUUUUGCGGAGAGCAGGCUGUUGAGACACGUACGAGGCUGAGUUCUACCGACAGGGUUUUUGGUGCAUGUAUGCGGAAGUGGAUUUUGUCUUAGACGCAGCUUGAUGCGUCGCGUUCUGGGAGCUGCUUACCGGUCCAUGGACUUUUCCCGGGCGAGUAAGUGAUCCUCGUGUCUGUCUUCCAAAAGGCGCCGUUAUCCGCUCUAACCAGCACAUAACCUCUUGCGCACUGUAACCAAGUUGAAAUGGUGUAUCAUUGGAAUCACGAAGUCGAGGUUUCCUGAUCGCUUCGUGUGUUCAUUCCGAUUUGGUGACGUCUGCUAGAAUUAUUCCUUCAUAAGCGGAGUGCGAAUGACGAUGAACCCCGCCAUUGUAACAAAAUUCCUUGAAAAGCACUUUAGUAUACAACUCACAAGACAAAGUUCAAAAAAAAAAUGUCUCUCAGUACUUGACGAGACCCUAGACCUCAUCUUUAGCUAUUUAGAUCCCGAGGACCGGGCUUCCGCCUCCUUAGUAUGCAAACACUGGCACCGGGUCGAUGGCGAAACACGAGAACAAGUCUCCGUGUCCAAUUGCUAUUCCGUUUCACCAUCAGCUCUCAGCAAAAGGUUUCCCAACAUCGAGAAAUUUAAAAUUAAGGGGAAACCUCGGGCCGUGGAGUUCAAUCUUCUCGUAGAUGACUGGGGUGGUUAUGCAAGCGCAUGGGUCGAAGAGAUAGUGAGAGCUUACCCGAGACUUCACACACUCCAUUUCCGGCGCAUGGAUGUAUCUGACGACGACUUGAAGAUACUGGCACAGGGUUGUGGGUCUGCUCUGCAGGUACUGAAAUUAGACAAGUGCUCAGGCUUCUCGACCUUAGGCCUUCAGCAUAUUGCUCGCUCUUGCAGGUCUUUGAAAACGCUGUAUUUGGAGGAAAGUGAUAUUGAAGACGAAGGUCAUGAAUGGCUACUUGAUCUUGGACGAAAUGUUCCUGGAUUAGAAAGGCUUAAUCUGGCUUCAACAGGUAUAGAAGAAGGUGAUGUCAAUGAUGUCCUAGUGGUUUUAAUGCAGAAUUGCAAAUCACUAAAUUCUCUUAAAGUUGGUGAAAUGACGCUUGAGAACUUCAAAGAGAUCAUGAAGUACUCAACUACACCACUUUUGGAGCUUGGUAAUGGGUGCUACAGCAUGCGUAAUGGCGUACGUGAGGAAUUAACGUUUGACGCCGCCUUUAUUCCCUGGGUCUCAAGAUUGAAGGUUCUUGACUUAAAAUUCAUGAACCUGAACGCCGCGGGCCACUGCCAGCUACUUGCAUGUUGCCCUCUACUUGAAGAACUGGAGGCAAGAAUUGAGAUCCUUGAUGAGGGUCUGGAAGUCGUAGGGAAAACCUGUAAAUAUCUUAAACGGAUUCGAAUUGAUGACCAGGAUAGUCCGGGAUUUAUAACUCACAGGGGCCUCACUGCAAUUGCGAAGGGCUGCAGAGAACUGGAAUUUUUAGUAAUGUACAUGAGAGAUGUCACUAACAGCUCCUUAGAGGCUGUUGGGCGCUAUUCUGAGAACCUGAACGACUUCCGGAUUGUUUUACUGAAGACACUAGCGCAUCCGGAAGACCUCCCACUGGACAAAGGAGUGUGUUCUUUACUGCAAGGCUGCCCAAAGCUGACCCGUUUUUCUGUGUACUUGCGUCCGGGAGGCCUUUCUGACAUAGGAUUGUCAUAUAUUGGGAAGUACGGGGGAAGGCUGAAGUGGAUUCUACUGGGCUGUUCUGGUGAAAGCGAUCAAGGGCUAUUGGACCUUGCAUAUGGUUGUCAGAACCUUAGAAGACUUGAACUUCGUGGAUGUCCCUUUUCCGACGCAGCCUUGGCACAAGGCAUGAUGAACAUGGCGAAAAUGAAGUAUCUGUGGGUCCAAGGCAUUGGCGCAACUGAAAUGCUCGGCAGAUACUUAGUAGGGUCACAUCCUUGCCUCCACGUGGAGUGGAUGCCUUCUGAACAGCAGUUACUAGCAUACUACUCGCUAGCUAGUCAUCGAACGGAUACUCCUCCAACUGUAGAAAUUUUGUCUCAGAGUCGAUUUGACUACGAUUCCGAAAUUUUCGGUGAUUAUGAUGAAGAAUGUGUUGGCAACUUGGAGAGUGGAGUUUUUGACGGAGAAUAUGGCGAGGGCCCCGAUGUUGGUGAUUUUGAUGGAGAGUAUGGUCAUGGGACUAAUUGGGAUUUCUAAAUCUAUCUUCUGCGGGCUUUCCACCUCAGGAGCUUCAUUCGGAUACCGUCAGCUGGUACAUUCACUUAACAUUCAGCAUUUGUAUCAUGUCCAUCCAUCAAAAUGACUAAAUGCUUUGUCCCUGUAGCUCACUCUCUUCUGUCUAUGGGAUUAUUCUCAAUCUGCUUGGGCCAAGAGAUUGCAUGUGUAAGCAGAACAAAUUGGAGUUUCUUUCUGUGGCAUCUGCUAUAAUCCAGUAUUUUUUGCUGAGUCCAAUUGGAAGUAGUUCCCUACUGCUCCAUCUGGAGGUCACAAAGUGGAAUAUUGCGUCGUCAGGUUCUCAGAACAGACGUGACAUAAUGGCUUUGACAACGACAUGGGUAAUUAUAUAUCCUCCGCAAAUGCACCUGAAAGCUGUCCAAACUGGUCUUGCUCCUGUGAGUUUAAGACUAUUUCAGUGGCAGCCGUUGUGAACCGCCAAAGGCCUGCGUAUUGCUGGCAUUUAGACAGGCAAUUCCGUUAUCGUCAAUGGCUCUGACAUUGUCAGGAAAUGAGUUAUGAGCAAUUCGAAAUGUUAACACAAUGGCGGUAUUGGAGUUAAUGUCCGUGAAUAAAGGAAUCAUGUUUAUUUGAAUCCCACUUUUCGGCGCGAUGUGCUGUUUCAGACACCAAACUGAAUUACUUCAGAAUUUUUGAAUCCAUGAAAAGCAAGAGCAGCAAUGUAACGAAAUGUAUAUUGGCCAAUUGGCAGUGCUGCUGCAUUGUCAAUUUAGUUGAUGAUGGUUACAAUACUGUCUGCAUUUACCUUUUCUGAAGACAACGUCAGCAUAGUAUAUAACUGGGGCACAUGUAUGUGUUAUCUUAACCAGCCUUGUUAGAUUAGAUACUGUAUGACCAUGUGACGUGGAUAUGGAGCAGAAUGUGACAAAUGCAUAUGCAGUCUGUAACACACUGACCUAAUAAUACUAACAAUUUGUGAGCAAAAAGGGGGAAAAAGUGAAAUAAUAUUGAAACCUCAUGUAAUCUUUUUCAUUCA